CAAUUGUCAAUUGUUCUUUCAAACUUUCAAAGUGAUUUUAUUAAAAUAUUAUUUAUUUCGAUGUUUGUGAAUAGUAAUUAAAUAAUAGUAUUAUUUCAAAGUUGAAUCCACAGUUGAAGCUCUUAUUGCCUUAAUACAAUUUUUUCAAGAGUAAAAGGCAUUGAAGUUUGACCGUAGAAACCUUGAGGAUCAGUCAUCAGCGUUAUCAAACUACGAGCGGGCCUGUUUAAAUUACGGGUGCAAGGUUUAUUUAGUGUUAAAAAUGGUGUCUUCCUCAGUAAUUUAUGCGGCGGUUCCUAUUUCUCUUGCCGUGGCUUUGGGCUUAAUACGGCAUUGGAGGUCACGGAAUUGGGCUAAAUGCUUAAGCAAUUCCUGUUUGAAGGGAAAAACCUACUUGAUAACGGGUGCAAACAGUGGUAUUGGUCUCGAAACGGCCAGAGCUUUAGUUAAACGAAAAGCUCGGGUUAUAUUUGCCUGCCGUGAUCUAGCGAAAGCCAAGGAAGUAGCUGUUGCUAUGCGAGAAGAAGAAAAGUGUGGAGAACUUGUUCCAAUGUAUCUAGACCUUGCAUCACUUGAAUCAAUAGAGAAGUUUGUAGAAGUUGUUAAAGUUGGUUUCUAUAAAAUUGAUUGCCUCAUAAAUAAUGCUGGUGUGGUGGUGCCAUUGGCGAAGGAUGAGAAAACCAAAGAUGGCUUUGAAAUACAUUUAGGGGUUAAUCAUUUAGGCCACUUUUAUCUCACUAACCUAUUGAUUGAUCUGUUGAAAAAGGCUUCUCCAAGUAGGGUGGUUAUGGUAUCGUCCACUCUUCACGAACAUGGAAAAUUGAACUUUAAUGAUCUAAAUUUAAGAGCUGAAAUUGAAGCAGCUAAGAAAGGGAAAAAGGAUCGUCAUAAUCCCGGUUACUGCAAUUCAAAGUUGAUGAAUAUGUACUUUGCUAAAUCCCUGGCAGCAAAAUUACAAGAUAAUUGUGUCGAUGUUAACGCAUGCUGCCCUGGGUUCUGUUAUACAAACCUGUUCAGAAACUUCGUGAAAUGGUAUCACUAUAUCGUACUCGCUCCAAUGGCUCUCCUCUUCAUGAGAUCAGCGAAACAGGGUUCAGAGACUGUGGUGUUCUGUGCCACAGACUACAGCAUCGAAGGACAGACUGGUAAAUUCUACCGCGACUGCGCAGAGUACACCUCGAAAUAUAAUUUCACGAAGGAGGAAGAAGAAAAACUGUGGGAGGUCAGCGAGGCAAUGAUCAAAGCGCGGAAGCCGCUUCAAAAUUAAAUGUGUUAAUAAAGGAAUCCUGACAAUGCAUUUUUUUGUUUCUUGGUUCUACGAGAGCGAGGAGCAGUUAAGGAUCAAAGCAGUCAUUUCGUCGUAUCGUUUAAAUACUGGAAAUAAUGUAUAAGUUUAAUUUUGACUGUAACGCAGUUUCGUUCAUUAAAUAAUAUAAGAAAUGGUUAUUACAUAAAUGAUUUAUAUGAGAAGGUAAUUUAGAUAAGUAAAUGAUAAAUAUUUUUAUAUAAUAUCUCUCGAAUUUUAUAUUUAAUUAAUAAAUUAUAAGAAACAACGUUAUAUGUUAAGUAAUUAGGCGGUUAGGUUCCAAAGAUUAAUGAAAAUGUAGACAAUAAAUAUAGUGUAAUUUGAAAAUAAACAAUUGUAUUUAAA